GUCCUUGUGGAAAAGCAUGAACACCACUCCAUCCCAUUCCCGUAGAACCCGAACCAUUCUUCUCCUAGCAGAAAACUCCAAAGCAACGCAGUCUCCAGUCUCGGUUAAGUUCCCGCGUGACAUUUCCUCGCUUCUGAUUGGCUAACACCAAAUGUGUGGCAAGUUUGAAAACUUAAACAUUAUUUGUCUCUUUCAUCAUAAACUUACUGGACACUAAUUUACCUGUGUGUACAUAGACUACCCACCACUCCAGUGACUUACAAUGUCACGCUAUCAAGAACUUGAUGGAUUAUUCCUGCUGAAGGAUACUAUUGGCUCUGGUGGGUUUGGUAAAGUGAAAUUAGCCACCCAUCUCCUCACUGGAGAAAAAGUUGCCAUCAAAAUAAUGAACAAGCAAGCUCUAGGGCCUGAUUUGCCACGAGUGAAAACCGAAAUAGAAGCCAUGAAAUCCAUUCACCACAAACAUGUCUGUCAAUUGUAUCAAGUUAUAGAAAAUGAAGACCGAGUGUUUUUAGUUCUGGAGUAUUGUCCAGAAGGAGAACUCUUUGACUAUGUUGUUGCCAAAGACCGAUUAACAGAAGUUGAAGCAAAGCAUUUUUUCCAUCAAAUUGUUUCUGCAAUGGCAUAUAUCCAUUUCAAAGGCUAUGCUCACCGAGAUCUGAAGCCGGAAAACAUUUUACUGGAUGAACAUCACAAUGUUAAAAUCAUUGACUUUGGACUUUGUGCUAAACCUAAGGGUGGAAUGGAUCACCACUUGUACACACCUUGUGGCAGUGCUGCAUAUGCGGCACCGGAAUUAGUCUCUGGCAAGGAAUAUCUUGGAGAUAUGGCUGAUGUGUGGAGUAUGGGGGUUCUACUGUAUGCACUACUCUGUGGUUAUCUGCCUUUUGACGAUGACAGCAUAACAGUGUUAUGCAAAAAAAUCAAUGCUGGGAAAUAUUCUGUGCCACCAUGGUUGUCUCCAGAAAGUAUAGAGAUUAUCGACCAGUUACUUCAAGUAAAUCCCAUGCGCAGAAUCUCCAUGCGGCAUCUGCUUAACCAUCCAUGGGUGUGUCAAGAUGGGAAACCAGUGAUUUGGAAGCCACAAAGUCAGGAGAUAGAUGAAGAUUGUCUUAUUGAACUUGCUGUCUUCAAAGGGACCUCUCGAGGCAGAAUGAUAAAUAUGAUCACAGAGUGGAAAUACGAUUACUUGACUUGUACAUAUUUCCUUCUCCUUGAGAAAAAAAGGAAAGGCCAGCCUCUCCGCCUCUACGAUGCCCGACCCUUGCUUCUACCUUUACAACCCAAGUCUUGGAAUGUAAAUGGGACAGAUGAAAAGUAUUCUUUGGAACUUUCAAGAAAUCAAAGACAUUGUCAGGAAAGAACCCCAAACCACUUUGAACACACUCCUACUUCAAUUAAAGUGUUUCACGAAACUCUGCUGCUACAGAAUGCUCUCUGAAGCAAGGAGCCAGUUCCUAUGAACAAGGAAAAUCUCACUGCACCUCCUAUGAAAGACCCUUGGAUCACGCCCAAAAAAGAUGAACCCGUUUCCAUGAAGAGGAAUUCAAGUAAAGAGCUCUCUGCUUGUUCGAAGACACCAAGACAGAAAGAAAACAAGGAGAAUAUCUUUGAAACUCCCAAGAAAGUGGACAAUACUUUCGCUGUCCCACUCUCGGCGGCACCAACUCCACGUUCACGUAAAUGCAAAUCGGUAAAGCCGUCGCGUCGCAGUCGGUCACCCUUGAUGGGUCGACAACUACAACAGUUGGUAGAAGGGAAAGACUCUGCCACGCCUUCAGCUAAAUCUGGAACUCAGGUUUUGUCUCCUUCACGCUCUGUUGAUUCCCAGCUUAAUAAUUUGAACUUGAUAUCACCAGUAUCAGAAUUUCACAAAGCGACAUCCUUGGACACAGAUCUACAUCAUAGUGGGUUUGAUCGCAAUUCUGAGAGGAAGUCCUUCAGAAAGAAUGGUAUGUUCGGCAGUUUGGAAAAAGUCUUCAAGAUGUUCAGUCCCAGGGGCAAAUAUAUUGGAGCAGGGCCUCGUAAAGUAAAGACGACUCACAAUGUGUUCAGAACGGAGCAGUACAGCCCUGAAUUAGUGUUGUCUAAACUAAAGGAGGCAAUACAUAAGAAAUACAUCGGCCUCAGUCAGUCAGAGUAUGUACUUCGAUGUUAUGUAUCUGAUGACAAAGGCAAAGUGAAACUUGCUUUCAAUUUGGAGGUUUGUGCGAUGCCAAAAUUACCUUUUGUUGGCAUCAGGUGCAAAAGAGUAAAAGGUGACACGUGGCAGUAUAAGAAGUUCUGUGAAGAUAUAAUUAAAUCGUCAGACAUAUAGUGUUGGAAGGAACUAUUUUGAAACUGGUACCUGUUUCCUCUUGAGUUCUCUAUUGGUCCCCAGGGCACCAAUUUCAUCUGCGUCAUUGAUUCCUUGCAGUUUGUGUGUGACCCUAACACUCAGUAUCUAUAACAGUAGUGCUAAUGUUUACUGCUGUCUCUUUUUUUAUUAGUCUUCAAUAGUCCUUUGUAUUGGAGCUAUUUACUGCUGCUUUCUCGGUUGUUAAACUUCAGCAUAUAUUACUCACUGGUAAUUCUUAUUACUGCAUGUGUUUAUCAGCUUCACAGACACUUUAUUGUGAAGACGACAUUCAUUGUCUGUCUCGGACACUCAUUCUUUUAAUACCUCCACCAUUGAACCUUUUCACUGGAGCUGUUUCCAUUUUAACCGAUUCUCAAUUCCUGAUUGUUAUACUGGCGCUACUUGAUAUUGCUGCCACUAAUGUUAUUCAACCAAGACAUAGAGAAAUAUUGCUGCUCUCUGUGAUUAGCCUCCUGGUAUUUUUAGCAUUUGGAGCCAAUCUUAAAAUUUGUCCCUACUGUCAUUCUCAGGGUGAAUGUGUUCCAUAAUAUUCCAUUCUAGAUUCCAUCCGAUCGGUUUUUCCUUUCCAGUUUGUUUCUCCAUUUCAACACCCAUUCAAUUUAAUCAUAUGAGUGUUGUAUGGAAUAUAUGUUGUAAACUGCCAGUAGCCCCAAAGAUCUUGUGGGUUCCAGCAUUUUAUAUUUUGUUGUGUAUUUGAGUAGCAGCACACCUAAUUUUACAUUGCCGCAGUUCACCUAACCUGUGACUAAACUGGCAACUUUACCAAGGUGGAUAUUUUCAUUUUUCAUCUACCUAACCCUGGAAACUGGAAAUUAAGCACAGUGAUCGCUUAAAAACAUGUUCAGGAGUCUUUGAAGAAAUUUACACAUUAUCAAAGAAGAUAUAAUUGAUAAGCUUCUUAUAACUGAAAAUAGGUAUUAAAUUAUUUGUUUUAAAAAUAUUUUAAAGAAAUUAUCCCAGUUGCAGUUGACUUUGGUACAAAGAGGGUAUAUAAUGUUGUACUAAAUAACAGAAAUGUGUAAAGUCAUGUAUGACCUGUGUUCGAAUCCCAUCCAAGUCAACUUCAACUUUUAUUUCAUUUGGCUAACUUGUUUUUAUGUUUUUCAUCUAUUUUAUUUAUUUUAUUUGGUAUUUUUACAAGUUGAAGUUGCACCAGAACUGAGACAGAUAACAGCAGUGAAGUGUAUGUAUGUGAUAUUCUAUAGGGCUCACACAUACAUGUACGUAUGUACACUUACUGUCAUGGCCAAUUGCAUGUUCAUUCCUCAGACUUCAACGAAAAACAAAAGCCAAAAUAUCUAAAGCAAAACGGAAAGCAACAUUUGACAUGCCUUGCUUUAAGUUUAGGCUAUUAUUUUGCUUUUGAUGAUCAUCAUAAUAAAAAUAACAGGUGUAGGGACAGUAUUUGACACCUUGAGUAUUAUUUUCGCACUGGCAGACUGUUAUGUCUUUCUUGAUGAAUAUGAUGAUGAUGAUAAUGAUAAUAAUAGUAAUGGUAGUAGUAGUAGUAGUAGUAGUAGUAGUAAUGGCGGUGUCAGUAAUAACAGUGAUAGUGGUGGUAUAUGGUGGCAAACUGGUUUUAUAUAUACUUCCAUAUGAGCAGGCUUUCAUAUUUGCUUGUGUGUAAAUAGUUUGUUUUUUAAUCGGCAUUUUUCAUUAAGACAGCCGUUUGUAUCUAAAGUUGUUGGUAGCAUGUGUUUAGUAACGAAUGCAUGUGUGUGACUUGUAUGACAUUAUAACUGGUUGAAUAUGAAAGAUAUGUGUGUGUGUGUAUAAAUGCACAAACAUAUAUGUAGCUCUGUGUAUGUGUUUGCACACGCAUUUAAUCAAAAAAAAAAUUGUUGUACAAGUUUCUACUUAUAUAAACUUGUAUUUUUAUCUACCUGGCUGUCUAUUUAUCCACAUGUCUUUUUGUUUGUCCACCUGUUUAUACCUGUCAUCCCUCUCUGCACACACACACAUAUAUAUAUAUAUUUUACUGUCAUUAUCAUCACUCAUGACUUCUCUAUUAAUAGAUUCAUUCGUGUUGUAGUUGUGAGUUAAACUAGUUCUUAUCAGUUAUCCAGUGUAAAGAAGAGUGCAUAUAUAUAUAAAUAUAUAAAGGAAUGCACACACUGAAAAUAGAGUUGGUCAUCAGGUCCAAGCAAUAAACUCUACAAUAGUUAUUGAAUACUCUUUCUCCCAUUAGAACAACCAAGCAUAUAUAUAUAUAUA